CCCCUGGUGCCGAAGAUGGCGGCGGUGCGGCUGUGCCGGUGCCGCUGCCGGGCGCUGCUGUCCCGGUCCGCCGGAGCUCUGCGGGCGCGCCGCGGCCUGGCCGCGGGGCCGGAGAUGCAUUUCGGCUUCCAGACCGUGACGGAGGAGGAGAGGAGGGAGAAAAUUUAUCAGGUCUUUGAAAAUGUGGCCAAGAAAUACGAUGUAAUGAAUGAUUCAAUGACUCUAGGAAUUCAUCGGGUGUGGAAGGAUAUCUUCGUGCAUAAAAUGAACCCUUGCCCAGGAACACUCCUCCUUGAUGUUGCUGGGGGAACAGGUGACAUUGCCUUUCGAUUCAUUAAUUAUGUUCACUCUGUACGACAACGCCAGCUCCAGAGGAAGCUCAAGCACCAUCAGAAUUUGUCAUGGCAGGAAAUUUUUGAGAGUUACCAGAAAGACAAAUUUAACUCACUAGGGGAUUCCCAAGUGGUGGUCUGUGACAUCAACAGAGAAAUGUUAAAAGUUGGGAAGCAGAAAGCACAGCAUCUUGGCUACUCUGAAGGCUUGUCCUGGGUACUUGGGAAUGCUGAAGAGUUGCCCUUUGAUGAUGAUAAGUUUGAUGUUUACACAAUUGCCUUUGGAAUCCGAAACGUAACUCGUAUUGAUCUGGCACUUCAAGAGGCCUAUCGUGUGCUGAAACCAGGAGGAAGAUUUCUCUGCCUUGAAUUUAGUCAUGUCAGCAACCCUCUUCUUUCCAGGCUCUAUGAUCUCUACAGUUUCCAGGUUAUCCCUGUUCUGGGUGAGGUUAUUGCUGGUGACUGGAAGUCUUAUCAGUAUCUUGUGGAGAGCAUCCGACAGUUCCCCCCUCAGGAGGAACUGAAGGCAAUGAUAGAAGAUGCAGGCUUUUUCAAAGUGGAUUAUGAGAAUUUGAACUUUGGCAUUGUUGCCAUUCACUCAGGCUUCAAACUGUAAGUCUGGGUACCAAAACACCAAAAGUAUAAUUUUCAUGAAGGAUAUGAAAGCUGUGGAAUUUUAAUGGGAUCAAAAGGAGUUCUAAGAAGUUGUGCAGCAGAUACUUGCUCAGCAGCUGGGCUCAGAAGAAAACAAGUUACCUGUCCCCACCAAGAAACCUGUGGAGUGACUCCAGUGAUGUUUCUUACACUUGCAUUUCCCUUCAAGUGCAAUGUAAAGGAUGUGGCCAAAACUGAGCAAUGCUGACAAGUGAAGCAAGUUGGCAGUGGGUGUGGAUAAAGACACAGACUGAUUAGUCUCCAAAUAAGAUGCCUUUCUUUUUACUAAGCUUUAAAGGAGGAUAUUAUACUUCUGAGAAGCAGCUUGGAUUUAUGAAGUAGCUAUGGACUUUCACGAAGCUGUUAUUAUCUUUGUCAUGUGGAAUUUAAGGAUUUUUUCCCAUGACUCCUUCUUUCAAAGCCAAAUGGAAGGAUUAUGAAAUAAAAGGGCUCUGCAUCAA